AUGUCCGAUUUCCCAGCAAAAAGGCGCAAGACAAGUCCAACGACGGCGAUCCCCGUCGACGACGCGACUUCCACCACGCCGGAGAAGCCCCUGCGGCCUUCACGCGAUCGUGAAAGCGGAUUUGGAUUACGCGAUAAGAAAGCUAUACGGCCUUCUCUGACUGGGACUGAGGCCAAUCUGUCGAGUAAUUUACUUGGGCUAUCUCCUCGUCGAGGAUCGAGUAACAUUCAAGCCUUUGCAGUUCCUCCGCGCAGAAUAUCAAGGUCGAUCGAAACGCCCCCUGUUGAUAAUGCUGGUCGUGAACAACAACAACAACAACAACAGCAACAACAGCAGCCACCACGGAACACGUCUGUUGUUACUACGCCAAGCAGAAGGGAUGACCCUGACGAGCAAUUGGCGUCUGAGCUGGACAGUGCUACUCGAGAGCUGGAGAAUUCAGGACUUCUGCCGGAUUCGGCGCCUUUGCUAGAUACCUACGUGGAACCUGAGCUACCCCCAACUCCAACGCAACUAGGCUUGGAGCCGAGGCCGGAGAAACAGCAGCUGAAUAUUAUGAGUAGUCCUAGUGCUGGAAGGGCACGACGAAGAGAGCCAUUAGGACCAAGCGGGCUCGGGACUUUGGAUCUGUCCGUGCCAGAGCCCUUGCUAGACGACAGCCAGGUCCCUGCAGCAGUGAAGAAGAAAGAGGCCCUGAAGCAGGAGCUAUCUGAGCAACUCAAUACUCUCAAAGAAGAUGUUGCUCAGUUAGAGAAAUGGGCACUGCAAGCUAAACAAGGGAAUGAUAGUUUACAGCUUGACCAGGAAGCUGUCUCAAAACUGAUUUCUCUCCUCAGCUCGACAAGUACGACACAGGACCCGCUUUCAAGGCUAUUGGCACCGGAACCACCUCCUUUCUCUGCUUUGAUAUCAUCACUCUUGCCAUUUUCAACGAAAAAAGUGCCUGUGAAAAGCGACCCAACACCGUCUGAACCGAAAAACAUAUUCGCGCUUGAUAGAACCAAUGCCCAUGACUCGAAGCGAUACCUGACCGUCUUCUCAUCCCUAGAUUUGACAUAUUCUACUAAAAUAUCUGUGCCGUCUGAUCCAUCAUCGGCUAUCACAGAAACACACGAAAUCAUCAUUUCAGCGCAACCACCAUUUCCGCAGCACUUCUAUACAGUACCUCUUACCUUCACGACGGAUCUGCAGUCUGAGCGGAUACUAUCUGUAUCUUUGACGAAGAAUGCUUCAACACAGUCGAAAAUCCCCGCAGGCCUUCAGGCUUGGAUAGUAUCCCGCAUAACCAGCCCAUUACUUAAACUAGACAUAUCUGGCCUUUGCUUCGGUGUAUGUCAGUUCUGGGAAGCAUCUGUGUGUCGCGCAAGAAUGUGGUCAACAUUAAGCAAAAGAGCCGAGAGGCUAGCCAACAGCAAAGGGGCUGUAAACACAGACAUCGAACAAUUAUCAUCAACCGACCUGAUGACAAAAUCCGCUCUACGAUCCCUAAUCCCCCAUCUUCAGCGCUCAUCAAUGAUCUUCUCCCACGGUCCUAAAGGGAAACAUGACUCCAAACUCCUGCUUUCAUGCCCCCUGAGACUAGACCACUGGACGGGCGAAGCACAAUUGAAACCCACUAUCAGUAUCUCAGCACCGGACCUGGCUGAGGUCAAAUGGAAUAAGGCAGAGCGGGAUAUAAAGCUGCUGUUUCAUAAUUUACUCAACACUGGCACGUCAUCGGAUCGUUUGGAGAAUGGCGAUAGCCAGAUAGAGAGUAUUGUGAGGGCUACAGAGGGCGUUGUUUCAGUGUUUUUUGGGCUUGAGGCUCCUGAGGGCUGA